GUCAAGUGAACUGAAGUAAUUUUGAGCAUUCACAUACCAAGGCAUUUGUAGUACAUUUGGACAGUUCUCAGGGGGUCACGUCUUCCUACAAUCAUUCAGCUAUUAUGGCGGCAGAACACAGCAGGGAUAAAGAUGCUCGUGAGAAAGAAGAUGAUGAACUGAGCAUUCCCCGUGCAGCACUCAAUAAGAUGAUCAAGGAAUUAGUUCCCAAUGUCCGAGUGUCAAAUGAUGCAAGAGAACUUGUUCUCAGCUGCUGCACAGAGUUUAUACACUUAGUCUCAUCUGAGGCAAAUGACAUUUGUAAUAAGCAGCAGAAAAAGACUAUUUCUCCAGAACACGUGUUAGGGGCACUGGAAAGUUUAGGUUUUGGGGCAUACAAAGAAGAGGCAUAUGCAGUAUUACAGGAAGCAAAAGCUGUUGCAGCCAAAAAACGAAGACAGAGCACAAGAUUAGAAAAUUUAGGGAUUCCUGAAGAAGAAUUGCUUAGGCAGCAGCAAGAAUUAUUUGCCAAGGCACGUCAAGAACAGGCUCUCUUGGAGCAGCAGGAAUGGUUGGCCAUGCAACAGGCAGCACAAGCAGCAGCACAACAACAACAGCAGCAGCAACAGCCACAACAAUCUGUACCACAAUUAAAUGACAGUAAUAAUGAUGAGGAUGAUUAUAGUUAG